GUAAUUGUGCCUUGUAUACUGACUGAUGUUGUUCCUGAUGUCCUGCUGCCUCUCCUCCUCCUCCUCUUCCUCUCUCAGGAUGAAGAUGAUCUCCCUGCUGCUCCUCAUCCUCAGCUCAUGUCUCUGUGCAACAUUUGUAGUGAAUGUGACCCAGAGCAGCUAUGAGGCAGAGGAGAACCACAGCAUCACUCUGGAGUGGACCUUCACCACCAGGACUCAGGGAUCCUACAGGGAACUGUUCAUCUGCUGUGAAGCGAACACGGAUCAUGGAGUCUUUGUUCUCUAUCAUGUCCAUGAUGGUGUUGAGUUUCCAGAGUCUCAGGAUGAUCAGUUUUCAGGACGAGUCCAGAGUGACAAAGACGUCCUCAGAGAAGGACGAAUCAGACUCCAUGUGUCCAGACUGAGGACUGAAGACUCUGGUCCGUAUCGAUGUGGAGUGAAAACUAAAGAUGGAUCUGGGAUUAAAAGCUGCAGACUCAACGUCUCUGCAGCUACUGAUGUCGCUCCAAAACAGAGACCGACCUUGGAUCCAGAAGCAGAAGGUCGAGGAAGGAUCGGCCUCCAUGUUUCUCUGGGACUGACAGCAGCAGUUGCAGCAGCUCUGAUCUUCAGAUUCUUCUUCAGUUCUAUAAAACAUCAGAAGGAUUCAAAUAACUUGUCAGCCUCUUGGAAGAUCCUGAAGGUCCAUUAUGCUGCUGGACAAAUGGCUUCAUGUUGGACUAGAAUAUGUUGGUGUCCAGAGGAGGUUUUAGUUUGACUGCUGGGUGUCCAGGUCCUGCUGCUAAACAAACCCAGAUCAUUAUUCCUCCACCACCGAGCUUUACAGUUGGUUUGGUGAGUUGAAGACUAGAAAUCUGGUUCUUCAUUGAGAUGCAGCUGUGAAAACCAACAAUCUGCUGCUGAUCCAUUUAGAGACAAGAUUUUAUUGGUGACUCUCCAUCAUACUGGUUCAGCCUUUUCCCUACCGUUUUGUCAUGACCUUUAACCUUUAACAAGCUACUUGAGGCCUGGAGAGUAAUUUGAAUGCAAUUGUUCCUUAGCAGUGAAAGACUGGAGUUUGUGAAAUUUACAUUUUUAUGUUACUGUGAAUAUUUUUAUGAGACUGUUUCUGUGUCAUAUUUAAUUAAUGUAUUUAAUUAAUGUAGCAUAUUUAGACUGAAAGAGGAUGCUACUAUUGAGCCCAAUGCUCUUUAUCUGUAGCUUGUAUGUUAAUAAUUUUCUCAUGUCUUUAAUAAAUCCAUAUUUUUGCAGACAUGUC